AUGGAGAUUAUUCCUUGUCUUCCAUACGAUGUAGGGAUUGAAUGUUUGAUAAGGGUACCUUAUCAGGAUUUCUCCUCUGUUGCAUCAGUCUGCAGCACUUGGAAGCGUGAUAUUGAGCUGCCGGAGUUUUGGCGCCGCCGGAGAGCUUCUGGCUCGGCUCGAAAAGUCGUUGUGAUGGCACAAGCCCAGGUUGAUCCGAGGCAGAAACUCGGAACCAUGAAGUAUUCGGCUACACCUGCUUACCGGCUUACAAUUUUUGAACCAGAAAGGGGUUAUUGGACCGAGUUGCCUCCGAUGCCCGAAUACUCCGAUGGGCUACCGAUGUUUUGCCAACUAGUUGGAGCUGGGUUGAACCUGGUGGUGAUGGGCGGGCUGAAUCCGGUGACUUGGGAGGUUUCCAAGGCGGUUUAUGUUUACAAUUUUAUUUCAGCCACUUGGCGACGGGGGACUGACAUGCCAGGUUGUCAAAGAUCAUUCUUCGCUUGUGCGUCAGAUUCUGAUCGGAUGGUGUUUGUGGCGGGUGGACAUGAUGGUGAGAAAUGUGCAUUGAAAUCCGCUAUGGCAUAUGAUGUGAUAAAUGAUAAAUGGACCCACCUACCUGACAUGGCAAGAGAGCGCGACGAAUCCAAAGGGAUUUUUCACCGUGGCAAAUUCCAUGUCAUCGGAGGAUACUCCACAAACAUGCAAGGUAGGUUCGAGGCUAGUGCAGAAUCAUUUGAUAUCUUCACUUGGCAAUGGGACCAAGUUCACGAAAACUUCUUGGAAGCUAGCACGUGUCCAAGGCAUUGCGUGGAUUGUGCGGACGGAAAAUUAUACAUGUCUCGAUCUAUUGAUGUGUCAGCACGCAUAGAUUGUACGUGGAAAAUUGUAAGCGAGCUACCACUCGAUUUACUAAAUACAGCAUACAUGACAGGGUGGCAAGACAAAUUGUUGGUGAUUGGGUCCCCAAGAUUCGGAGCUCCUUAUAGAGCCUAUUUAUUGGAUACGAGAACUCUCGAGUGGGAAGAAAAGGGAGCGCCUGAGGCAUUCUCCGGUCAUGUUCAAUCCGGAUGCUACCUAGAGUUGUAA